GUGAACGGGGGCUGGUGGAGUGGCGCACUUGCGAAGCUAUUGGAGAAAAUUUGACUUUAGAGCAAUGACGGACGUUUGGCUGUGAUCUAUAUAUCAAUAGGUUUUGUGUUAAAUUUGGCACCCAGAAAUGCAUCCAUGGCGCUGGCUGAGGAUGAGAGAGGCGCGGGUACAGCGUUCAUCGUACUUGGACUCGGUUCUGUGGCUGACGCGCGGUUCCCGGAACAGACGCACAAACCAGACAUCGACGCACGCAGUGUUUCGCAUGGCAGAUCACCUACGUAUCUAUGUGGAUUAACAGCCUGGUUCUCUUUCUGGGUACUCAACUCUCCUCGGGAAACUGAAUGAGACGCUCGGCACGAAGAUUGAGGAUAAAACAACGAGGAGGAGCGCGGUGAGAUAGAGGAAGAUAUCAAGCAGCGCCGAGAAGAAAGGGAGCGCGGUGACUGACACUUGCCCUCCAGCUUGGUGUGAAGGGCACGGAGAGUGGGAGCAAUAGGAGGGGGAGCCAGUGGAGAGGAUGAAGACAACCGGAAAACAAGCCCUGCCUCACAGCCAAGCUCGCUCAGAUUAGGGAAUCGCUAAAAACAAAAUGGUCAGACAAAGUUUCAUACUGGUUUGCAUGUGUGUGCUGGAAGUGCUGACGGGAGGAAGUGUGUUGGCAAGUCGGGUUCUACGGAGAAGAGGUGUGGGUGGAUCACACAUGAUGAAACUAGAGGAAAACCAAGCUGGGGACCAGUGGGAUGUCAGCAUGGAUAGAAACGUUUUGCCAGCCGUGACUGCUCGAAGUGUGAUUAGCCAUGAGCAGGCAAACACUGAAUCUCACACCAAGAUAGUGCAGACUCAUGCAGUUCUGUCGGGAUCUAAAAGGGAAAGGCAGGCUUUGAAGCCCAAGCGAGAGGUUGAUUCCCUCACCAAAAAGGACGUGACUUCGCACAUGUUUUCCAGCGAUAAGGAGCUAAAUAAGGAGAUCAAGAUGGCAAAGAACAACACCAUGAAACUCGAGUCUAACACAAAGACUGGGAAACAAGAGAAAGCAUUCGCAAUCCACCACAAGGCUGAUACACAUUCAAAUAAAACUAGAUUCCGGUCCGGUUUAAGAAGCAGGGGCAGACCUGAAUCCAGCAUUCAUGCUACAGGUGGACCUGGGAAAAUGCUCUUCUCUGGGGACCGGAAACUGAACCUCACCGGCAGCUAUGAGGUCCUGAAACUGCUUUCUAAAGACAAUCUGGUGAGGAUCGUCAAUUCCCAAAUGCAGAAUGUCCCCAGUCUGAACAUCCCAAGCAAAGGAAGCCGGAGCAGGAAGAGAGAUCUCAUUGACGUAAAUCACGGACUGUCGGAGGCUUUAAAAAUUACAAGGCCAGACACAGUUAUUUCCCAGUCUCACCUUGGAUUUGAGAAUCAGACUGCAUCUCCGUUUGCCAACACAGCCACUGUCCCAGAUCCCGGCCAGACACGCAACAGAACCCCGAGUGAAGGCAGUAUUUCUUUAAGUAAAGGGCAAAGACACUCUGGGAUAAGCAAACACCACUUUUUUCCGUCAACCCCACACAGCGAGGUCAAUCUCAGCCCUGAGAAAGAAGUAAUGAUCAGCCAGACGGAAUCGCCAUUUACAUCAACAAAACAUCUCCCGCUGUUUGUUCCCUCUGAAACAAAUGAUCCCCCUCCAUCUGUGCUGACAGAGCAACCCUUGGGAGUGAGGACUGCAAGCAGAGCAGCAGAUUCCCAUCGAGACCCAUUAGCAGAGUCAGUUCAUGCUGCUCAAACAGAACCCAGCACAGCUCGCUACCCCGAUGAUGAAGAUAACCAACUUGUCAACAGCAGUCACUUCCUCAAGCUUCAGCCGGCACCUGAACGGACCCGUGAGCCCGGAAGCGCCGGGAGGCAGGUGGACGCUCUUGAAAACGGGAACGGCUUCGUGUUUGAAGAAGCCGAGUCUGACCUGACUGAAGAGAAUCGCAUGGAAGUCAAAGGGUCCCGCUCACGUCGCAGGAGGAGCUGGAUCUGGAACCAGUUCUUUGUGAUCGAAGAAUACGCCGGGCCGGAACCUGUGUUAAUCGGACGGCUUCACACCGACAUGGACAGGAAUGAUGGUCGCACUAAAUAUGUCCUGCGAGGCGAAGGGGCGGGCUCGGUCUUUGUGAUAGAUGAGAAGACUGGCAACAUCCACGUCACCAAGCCACUGGACCGCGAAGAGAAGGACGAGUAUCGCCUCAUCGCCACGGCGACGGACAGACAGACGGACCGGGCCCUUGAGCCAUCGUCACAGUUCAUAAUUCGGGUGCAGGACAUUAAUGACAACCCACCCGUUUUCGAUGAAGGUCCCUACAGCGCCACCGUGCCGGAGAUGGCAAACAUAGGCACGUCUAUAAUUCAGGUGACGGCGACAGAUGCUGAUGACCCUACAUACGGGAACAGUGCCAAACUUGUGUACACACUGGUACAAGGCCAGCAGUACUUCUCAGUGGAUCCCCAGACAGGUAUCCUGCGUACAGCUGUUCCAGACAUGGACCGCGAGACUCAAGACCAGUUCCUGGUGGUGCUCCAGGCCAAAGACAUGGGGGGUCACUUGGGGGGAUUAUCUGGGACCACAACCGUCACCGUCAAACUGACGGACGUCAACGACAACCCCCCUCGCUUCACUCAGAGUAUGUGGUCCUUCUCCGUGUCCGAGCUCGCCAUCCCCGGAGCCGAGAUCGGACGCAUCUCAGCAUCGGACGCUGACCUCGGAGAGAACGCCAGACUGGAUUAUACCAUCCUGGAGGGGGAAACCGGAGACACCUUCAACAUUACCGGGGUGAAUCAAGAGGCGGUCAUCACUCUGAAUAAGCCCGUCGACUAUGAAAGUCGCAGCUCCUACUCCUUCUCUGUGGAAGUCCUCAACCCCAUCGUGGAUCCUCGCUUCUUACGCCGCGGUCCCUUCAAAGACCGGGCCUCCAUCAGAGUGGCAGUGCUGGACGCCGAUGAGCCCCCGAGAUUCUCCAGGUCUCGAUACCACAUGGAUGUGUCGGAGAACUGCCCUCCUGCCUGCACUGUCGGCAGAGUGAGCGCUGUGGACCCGGACACGGGUCUCACCAACAACAUCAGGUUCUCCAUUGAUCCUCAGUCAGACCCAGAGGCUUUGUUCCGGAUCACCCCAGAUACAGGCCUGAUCACCACAGCGAUGGAGCUGGACCGGGAGCGAGAGCACUGGCACAACAUCACGAUCAUCGCCACGCAGCGAGACAACCCCAGCCAGGUGUCCAGGGUUCUUGUCGCCAUCGAGACGUUAGACUUAAACGACAACGCCCCAGAGUUGGAUCGACAGUACACCACGGCCAUGUGCGACUCAUCGGGCGUCGGACAGGUGGUGCAGGUGUUGCGAGCGAUUGAUAGAGAUGAGGGUGGGAAUGACAGCACGGUGUAUUUCAGCAUCCCUCCGGAAUCUGGCAGUGCCCUCAACUUCAGCGUCAGGGACAGUGGCGGUCCCACAGCCAGCCUGGUGUUGAUCUCCCAACUGCAGCCGCUCUCCCGCUCUUCGUCUUCCUCGCUGACGCUUUACGUGCCUCUGGUCCUCCGGGACGGGACAUCGGGCCUCACCAGCACCGGCACAGUCACGGUUUCAGUCUGCCCCUGCCUGAGAGGAGGGGCCCGCGCUGGGGAGAAGGACAAGCAGGUGGAGGGGGAGUUGGAGUGGGAGAGGGAGGCGGUGUGUCUCCCCCAGCAGUCCACGCUGCCGUCACCCGGACUCAGCACUGCCGCCCUGCUGGCUAUCCUGGCUUGUGUCGCUACACUUCUGGCCGUGAGCGCCCUGUCAUUGUCGCUGCGCCGUCAGAAACGCGACUCGCUGUCACCGCUGGAGGAGGAUGACGUGCGUGAGAACAUCAUAACGUACGACGACGAGGGUGGAGGCGAGGCCGACACGGCGGCCUUCGAUAUCGCCGCACUUCAAAGCGCACCACACAGCUCACGGUCACGUGGAUAUCGGACGCUGGACAGCAGGAAUGUACGAUACACGCAGCGCGGCCAAGAAAAGUCUCGCACAUACAGCUGGGCUCAGAAUGCAGCUGUUGACGGCAACUACGCAGGUCAGGGCGGACCACUCUACGGCCGCAUCUGCUACAGCAGCCACACGCUCCCGGUUCUUCGGCGCACUCCUGGUGGAGCUUUUGAGCCAGGAUUGGCAGAGUUAGGUUACCGCUUUCCUGGGGGGCAGCCUGACCACUCCCUGGUCAUCCAGAACCAAGGUGCCAUGGUUGGCCCAAUGGAGUCCGGGGCUGUGUACAUCACCCCCACUGACCUCAGCACAGGUAGCAGAACUGGUAGUCGAGCAGGAAGUCGUGAUGGGACUGCCACGCAAAGCGGAAUGAGCACUUCCGACGGGGGAACUCCUCGCACCAGCGAUAGCCAUGAGAGAGGAGGCGGCGUGGGAACGUCAAGCAACUGCACCGAGGGAAGCUCGGAGGACAAACCGAACCAGAGUCAAGAUGUGGACUGGGUGCAGUCGGAGACGUUACCCAGGGAGCACAACCUCGUCCUGACCCGUUCUGGAACCACGAUGGGUCAGGGCCACAGCGGCGGAGCUUGGGUGUGCGACUCGGCUACACUCCCUCUGGCAGGACGCCGUGGCUCACGAGUGGCGGUGUCGCCAAAACUCCCAAACACUGGUCAUGCUGAGUCAGAAUCUGGAGCAAAUGGGAGUUCAUCAACUUCUACUGAUGGACAACCUAAUGGUGGACGGAAGUAUUCCACUGAUGGACAAAGGGACUACCCAGGUACUCUCGGUAGGGGAGGUCUGGAGAUGGGGAGCAAUUUCGGGAUUCGGCAGGACAGGGAGGGUGGUGGCAUAUCAGUAAGCGGGACUCCGUCUGUAUACCCAGAAGGCUUUAUUGGGGACUGGUGUGACCGGGUUGGCAUGGGUGGGUAUGUGGUGGCAAGAAGAGAUAUGUCCCCUCAACUUUUGCCUUUCCCAGGUCAACCCCGGGCACCAUACGGUGGCGCAAUGGGCUUUGGGGCCGGCUGGGUCUCAGGUAUGGAUGCGACAAGGGGGGCUCAACCUGGAGGUCCCUCCUUGGCGCUGAGGGUUGGCGAAUUUCUGCGCUUGCGUCUUGCCCAGGUCACGUUUGACCCUUCUCAGCCACCAUAUGACUCUGUGCAGGUGUACGGCCUGGAAGGGACAGGGUCUCGGGCUGGGUCACUUAGCUCGCUGGAAAGCGAAGGAGAGAAAGACACAGAGAAGGAAGACUGGGGCACUGGGUUGGAAGAGUGGGGACCUCAGUUCACAAAGUUAGCCCAGCUUUUCAAAGACAGGGAGAAAGAGAGAGAAGAGAAGGAGGACGAUGCGGACAGGGCCAAAAACGACGCCGAAGACUCUGAGCGGACAGAGAAACAGGAGGAAAGUGAAGAGGGGAAGAAGUGAUCUUAAUGAAACCAGCGGGGGCAAGAUGGGUGAGACUAAGGGAAGCGGGGGGGGCGAUGAAAAGGCAAGCUGAACUGAAAUAAUGUGGAGACAAGUUAAAGGGGAAAAAGAUGAAGAGGCAAAGUAAUAAAAAGAGACAGAGAAAAACGAGCCUUGGGACGGAGGCGAGUGUGAGGGCAGGAGAGGGAGUGAUUGAUGUAAUUUAAAGCAAUAAGUGUUGAAACGCUGAUAUGGUCGAGUGCCGAGACAAAGGAGCUUCGGCUCGGGGCAGCAACAAUUUGUUAAAUGCUCUGGACAAAGAAAAACAACCCGGGACUCGAUUAAAUUCACCUCUCACAUGUAGACAGAGAAAGAGAAGGAAGCAGGCCGGAAGAUGGUUCUGCAUCCGUGCGCAUGUGCGAGUAGACGUGUGAGUUACAUAGACGUGUGGCGCGUCUGAUGCUUCAUUCAACAAAGAGGGGUAAAUAUUGUAGGACGCUGCCCUGCCUUGCUGGUCUGAAGGCUCAAAUAUAUACGUGAAGUCAAAGGCUGUACAGAGUCACAUUAGAGGACGUGAGACGGUUGUACAGAAACUGCUUCUUUUUAUUCCGUUCGCAGCUGCUGGAAAAAAAAAAAAAGUGAAUAAUUCAGCUCGCUAACUUCAUUCCGAAUGAAAAAGAUGAAUCAUUUAAAUCCUGCAAAAGAUUCUCCCGCCUCUCAGCCCACAAGGAAAACAGACAUUGUGAAGAUUUUAAUGAUUUAGGAAUGUGAUCCCCAGUCCCCCCUCCUUCCUCCCACGAGGGCCCUUCUCAUCAUUCCGUCGUGGAGUGUUGGUAUGUUUACAGAGACCCAUUUGAGGCUUUGAUUGUACGACCCCGAGUUCCGAAAUCAAACCCACCUCCAACUGUUCCAGCUGAGCGGGGUGACUGAUCUACGACGUGUUUUUAUAGAGGAAAACAGCUAUUUUUUAAGUAGGUACCAUCCUGUGACUCAACGUAUCUCGAGGAGUGCAUGACUUCAGAAACACAAACCCCCAGAUAGCUUAGAAAUGAAGCCACCCGGUUGUAUUAUCGCUACCAUUAUAUUUGAACAGUACGUUUUCAGCUGGAAUGCACUUUUUCUACAGCGUGAUGUUCAGUCAUAGAUGAAUAAUGUCAUUUGUUUUUUUCUAAAAAUGCGUCACACUUUGUUUGACUGUAUGUAAAGACAUUCACCGUGUAAAUAUCAUUGUUAUUAUUAUUCUUACUAGGAGAGAGUAUAUCAGAUUUAAUACGGCUGUGUGGAAAGAUCCAGCAGGGACUGAGCGCGCUGUAGAUGAGAGCGGACUGAGCAGCCUUCAGGACCGAACAACACGGAGGACUUCUCAUCUGUGGACGCCGAACAUGAGUGGGUUUUGUUUUCUGGCCCAUCACUUCACUGUAACGGACAAGCCUCGUGUUCAGUUAUACAUGUGGCCUCUGGCUGAAGUUUGCUGUGCAGCAUUUUGGUUUUUUUCCUGCCGAGGAGCCAGUGGUGAUGAAAACCCAGUCGAGCGGUGAGAAAGUCCAUUAGCCGAGAUUAUAUGGCGUCAUAUUUCUCCAAAAAACAGAAAAUGAUAUUCAGACUCGGAGUUUGUAAUUAGUUUUUCAGACGUGUCAUUAGUGCGCCUUGGCCUGGGAGGUAUGGAAGUUAAUAUGUGUCUGCCAAACUGUUAUCUGCAUCUGAAAGUCAGAUUUCUGAAGCAAUGCUAGUGAGUUGAAUAUUGUCUGUUGAUGGACUCACACGCCGGUUGCAAAGUUAUUCUUGCUUUUACAUCAAGUGUCAUAAAUAAAAGGUGCAUUUGUUGAAAAAAAAGAGCCGAACUCUUUGACUUGAU